AUGGAUGGUGUAAAGUCCCGAAACGAGCCAACCUUGCUCUGGGUGGAGGAAACCCGCCUCGACAAGGCAGUCUUCGGCCUCUACCCAGGAGGUGACCUUCCCGACCCUGAGAAAGAGACAGAAAGAACGCAGAAAGAGCUUGCUCUCUCCUCAACCAAGCGGGAAGUCGUCGCCUUCUACUGUCUCUCUCUUGCGCAUGACUACAUGCAUGAGAAGCACCAAACCUACCAGCAGCUGGCUAGGGAGAAGUCUCCGCAGCAUGGCAUGAGGGAAGACGACGUGCUUGUGUCUGUGCUACACCAAUUGUGGGCUGGCUGCUACAACAACGCCAUGUCUCUGCCAGACCCUCUCUCUGUCCUACUUUUAUCUUCAAAGGAGGCCGAGAACCUCCUCAAACCCGGCGACACCCCCGAGAGGUUUUCCAUGCAAACUGUGCAGAUUGUAGACCAAGCAAUCCGGCGUCUUGCGGAAGCGGAGUUCCCCGAUGGAAAUGGCCUUCCCACAUACAGCGACAGUAUCACUGCCGUCGUGGGUGCUGCUUGUCUUGUAUUUAUUUUCGAGUUGAUAAUAUUUUUCGUGCGGCGCCUUCCAAACUCAUCUCAUAAGGCGCCACAAGGGGGCAGUAAAACAUUGGACGCUACUGAGAGUGCGACUCAAAAUAUGGCACCUAGGAAGAGUUCACUGCAGCAGGAGGGCCCAUCAGAGGAGAAGGUGAAGGCGGUGGAUGUGCAAGAGAUGAGGACCUGCAUUCAACGGAGUGGAGGUUCGCGCAGGACUACCACAACGGGGUCCCCAAAGGGGGCUUCUAGAGCCGCCCCUCAAAGAACAUCUUAG